UUCUGAUCCGCAUACGUAAACGCGCGCCUGUCUGGUGUUCAUCGCUUUUUCUGAAUCAAUUUGAGGAGUUUAGUGGGAUAUCGAAUAUCUGAGCUAAUUUCGUUAGAAUGAAUCCAUCGCUGAACGUAGUGAGACACAAUGUGGACAGUCUGUUCGAUUCGUUGUGGGAAGCUGCGUUGAAAACCAGGGUAGCCCAAGCAUUUAGAAGUAACCUCCAUUGGGAGGAUUUGAUGACAGUAUUGAAGCACGAAACGGGAAUGCUCAUUAGGACGGUUCCUUACCGCGAAAUGCUCCAGCUGCGCGAAGAUCGUAAGGAUCCGGUGAAAGCGAGCUGGAUGCGCAAUAAGGGGAAUGAGAUGGUUCGUCGUGGCGUCGAACAUUUUAUCGAAGCCAUCCAUAAGUACAACGAAAGUAUCACGUACUCUGAGCAGGGAUCGGAAGAAAGAGCGUUGGCGUACGCGAACCGGUCAAUAGUCUGCCUGCAGCUGCGCCGAUACGAGGAUUGCUUGACGAACAUACGCCUAGCCCGCGAAUCGAACUAUCCGGAACGAAUGGCAGAGAAGCUUGCCAAGCGCGAGCUGAAAGCGCGACAGAUGCUCCAGCAACCGAACCAUGUUGCUGCCGAGCUUACGGAGCAAGAGCAAGAACAGCUCGUGCUGAGCUAUCCGGCUCAUGAGAAUAUGGCGCAGGUUGCCAACUGCUUGCAACUGCAACGAAAUGCAAAAUAUGGCCGCCAUGUAGUGACCAACCGUCCACUAACGGUGGGCGACGUCGUCAUGAUCGAUGCACCCUUCGUCAAGCUGCUCGGUGACGGGUUCCGAUAUGUGCUGUGCGCCUAUUGCAACCGCGAAACACCAUGUACGCUUAUCCCUUGCGAGGGUUGCUCUUUGGCCAUGUACUGCUCCGAGGAGUGUUUGAGCAAGGCGCACCAGCAGUACCAUCGGUACGAGUGUGGCAUUAUCCGAGAGCUGUGGAGAAUCUCUGGAAGCGGUCCGGUAAUCACACUACGUACCGUCGCUCUGACAAUUGCUGCCUUCGAUUACGAUUUGCUGGCAUUGGGAGAGCAUCUUGCCAGUUUGGACGAAUCGAGCGUGAACCUGUUUGCCAUGGACUGGAAAUCGGCUACGCCAAAGGAUAACGUUAGCGCAGUGCACGUGCUGUCGACGAAUCAGCAGCAUCGACGGCGUAAAGAUCAGGCGUACCAUGUGUUCGUGGCGACCUUGCUGCAUGAUCUGGCGUUGCAGCGCACGGAGCUAGGAUCGAUCUGUGGAACAAAUCUGGAGAAGCGGCGACUACUUUUGGACCUUUUCGUGCGUUACAUGCAAAUUAUGCAGUGCAACACACAGGAGUUAGCGUCCCUGGCGUACAAUAUGCCUGUACCGUGGUACAAUAGUGUGGGAUACGGAACGGGUUGCUACCCGCUGAUCAGCAUGCUGAACCACUCUUGUGCACCCAACGUGACUCGCAUCACACUGCCCGACGGUCGCUGUGCCAUCGUAGUGGUGCGCCCAAUCGCUGCCGGAGGUCAACUGUUCGAUUUCUAUGAUUCUAUGCCUUACAGGAUACAUCAUUUGCACCAGGAUCGAGAGGAGAGACAAACGUCCUUGCAGACCAUGUACCACUUUCGGUGUGAUUGUGAAGCUUGUCUGAACGACUAUCCGGGACCAGAGUACUUGCAGGAAGGAGACAUUUUUGUGUCGAACAUUCUUACUGAAUACUUUAUGCACCAGGAGUCCAUUUUUCGUGAUCCCAAGAAGGCUAAACAGAUGAUGGCGAAGCUGCAGGCGUUGCUGAAGCGAAUAGCGGGCAAAUAUCCCGAUUUUGAAGCGUGCGAAUGUCAGCAGGAGUUUGUACGGUGCUUGCAGCGUGUUUACAGCUGUACACUAACAACAACAAAGUACAAGAUGGACGGUAAUCGUUAAUCGUAUGACACACACACACAAUUAUCUGCUCGUGCAGAUGCAUUUGCUUGGGAGCAUCAACGUUUCGCUCAUUAAUUAACUCAACCUUUUUGAAUUCGUAUCGUAAGUGUAACUUUUGCUUACUAUUUUUUGAAACCACAUUAUAAACGAAUAUCCAGGCGCAUUAACAUUUACCAAAAUGGAGGGAGUAGUAUGCGCACAGAAGGCCACUAAAAUUGUUUGGUCCAAGCCGGAACAACAAUGACUAACACUGAAUUGCUUAUUAUUUCACAGUACAAAACAAAAAGAAAUUACUUGGCACAUGUUUCGUUAGUUUAAGGGGGAAGACAUUCUUCCUAUUCGUAAAAUAUGUUUCUCUCAUCAGGCGAUUUCGAGAUUAUAAUCACAUUUUCCUUCAUUCAUUAAUUUUUUGUCAAUCCACGCAGUUGUGGGUAAAUACAUAUAUCCUUGUUUAUUCUAUAAUUAAAUGUCAUAAUUUCGUCUCAAUAUUUGGAAACACUUCCCCAACGUGCGGAUAAAAUAAACUUGACUUUACUUUCCAUCUUCCGUGACAGUGUUCCGGAGUGAGAGAAAGAGAGAGAAUUGUUCCCCCCUUCUUUCAACACUGCCGUGACCAGGAUUCGAACCUGGGUUACUACGGCCACAACGUAGGGUCCUAACCACUAGACGAUCACGGCUACAGACGGUGGCUUGAAAGAGUUUCGGAAAAGCGCGACCAGCUUCGAUUCAAGCUCCAAAUAGCCACAUAAAAGUGGGGGAGACUUUCAUCUGGCCAACACUCCAAGAGAAAGUACACUCGGGCCUCCAAAAGGCGAAGUGAACGGAGGAACAUGAAAUAAUGGCCAACUCGUGGUGGGAUGUGAGCAAUCUUUCGGCACAAUUGCAGAGAACACGAGAUCACUCCGAAAACCAGUGAGGCAAAACGGGUAAAAAGAGCCUCACAACAAGCGUGAACAUCGGAUUGUUUCCGCCCGGGAUCGAACCGGGGGCCUUCCGCGUGUUAGGCGGAUGUGAUAACCACUACACC